AUGACCGAUGCAAAUGAUCACACGCAUCUCCCAACAGGAGCAGAGGUGGUCACUCGCUGGGAGACGGAGGUUGAUCAGUUCGACUUCGAUCGACCGCGAUGGAGUCCAAAAUGUCAGCGUUUCUCGCAGAUGGUCUGGAGAGACACUACUGAACUAGGUGCCGCAAGAGCAUGGAAUACGGCAAAGAACUGUGUUGCAGUUGUGUGUUUCUACCGACCAAGUGGUAACUCCAACGCUCCGGGUUAG